GACAUUCGUUUGACAUUUAAUUUCACAAACAAAUCACAAAUCGUUCGCAGAAAUGGCUGAAUUGUUAUGUGUGCCGUUUAAAAAAUCCGCUGACGUUGAUAUUAUAAAACCUUUGAAGAAUUUAAUCCAUUCAACGUACAACACAGGAGAUCUCAAUGAAGACUUCACCGACGCCAUCAACGAGCUCAGCCGGCUUCGGACCAACGCUAUUUGGAAGGUUUUCGAGAAGUCAUCACUAGAUGUUCUCUACAGUUACUAUGACCAGCUGGCAUCACUGGAGAGCAAGAUCCCUCCACAGGAGGUGCAGAUCCCCUUCAAGUGGAAGGAUGCCUUCGACAAAGGAUCUUUGUUUGGAGGCCGGAUGAGUCUUACUAUUAGCUCACUGGCAUAUGAGAGGAUGUGCAUCCUUUUCAACAUGGCUGCCAUGCAAAGCACCAUUGCAGCACAGCAGCCUCUGGACACAGAAGACUCACUUAAACUGGCUGCUAAGCUGUUUCAGCAAGCAGCGGGAAUAUUAAACUACAUGAAGGGCAACAUAAUGAUGGCGGUGCACCAGGAGACCACGCCCGACCUCAACCCCGACACGCUCAACGCGCUGGCGCAGCUCAUGCUGGCGCAGGCGCAGGAGGUCAUCGCUUACAAGUGCAUCAGAGACGAGAUGAAGGACAGCAUGGUAGCGAAGGUGUGCUCCCAGUGCGAGGAGUUGUUCAUGGAUGCUGUGCGCUCGAUGCAGAAGGACGGCCAGCGCGCGCUGUGGGAUAGAGACUGGAUCCCUGCGAUACAAGCCAAACAGCAAAUAUUCCGCGGCCUCACACAAUACUACCAGGCGCAAGUGUGCCGCGCGAACAAGGCCGUCGGCGAGGAGAUCGCGCGCCUGCAGAUCGCCUCCGAGCUGCUGAAGUCCAUGCGGGAGGGUUCCCCGGUGUAUGAGCUCGGCGCGAAGGCCGCGCGACAACUGGCGGCUGCGAUACGAGACAACGACUUUAUAUACCACGAGAGGAUCCCGGAGGCGAGGACGUUGGAGCCAGUGUCGCGCGCGCCGGUCGCACAGGCCUUACCUGUUCAGGAACGCUGGUCUCCUAAACACCUAGAUCUAUUUGAGAAGCUGGUCCCGAUGGCGGUGCACCAAGCCAUGCAGGCCAGCAGCGCUCGGCGCUCGGAGAUCGUCAACGCCGAGAUCAACAAGCUGAGGGAAGCUACGCAGUUGCUCAACAGUAUUUUGGCGUCGCUGAACCUGCCGGCGUGUAUCGAGACCGAGGGCGCGGGCGGGGCGGGCUUGCCGGAGUCCAUCCGCAGCAAGGCGGCGGCGCUGCGGGCGGAGGGCGGUCUGCCCGCCCUGCAGCGCCUCAUGGCCGAGCUGCCAGACCUGCUGCAGCGGAACAGGGAGAUACUGACCGAGGCGGAGCGCAUGCUGCGCGAGGAGGCGGAGGCGGACGCGGCGCUGCGCGCGCAGUUCGGCGCGCGCUGGUCGCGCACGGAGUCCGCCAAGCUGACGGAGGCCAUCCGCGCCAACGCCGCCAAGUACUCGCAGAUCAUCGACGGCGCCGUGCGCGCCGACGCCAUCGUGCAGCAGAAGUUCCAGCAGCACAAGGACAGCAUCGAGCUGCUGAGUCGCAGCGACGGCGAGAUCGACGCAGGCGUGCCCGACGCGCCCGCCUCCACCGGCGGCGACGCCGACCUCGUGCGCACGCUGCGCGGACUCAUGAACACGGUCGAAGAAAUAAAAUCCGAACGUGACUCAAUAGAAUCGGAACUCAAGAGUGCCACCAUCGACCUGCGCGAGAAGUUCCUCUCCGCGCUGGCGGCAGAUGGCGCUGUCGACGAGCCCGCGAUAUCGGCCGGAGCCCUGGGCGCAGCGCUGGCACCUCUGCAGCGGAGGGCCAAGGAGUCCCUGACGCGGCAGGAGACCUUGGCCGGGGAGCUGCAGAGGGUGCACGCGGCGCUGAUGGAGUCCCGCGGGGGCGCCAGCAAUCGGGACGAGGUGUUGGGCAAACUGUGCGCGGCGUACGACGCGUACCAGGACCUCACCGGCAAUUUGAAGGAGGGCGUCAAGUUCUACAAUGAUUUGACACAGCUUUUAGUAGCGUUCCAAAACAAAGUGUCGGACUUCUGCUUCGCGCGCAAGACCGAGAAGGACGAGCUGCUGAAGGACCUUACGCAGGAGGCGUCCCGCUCCCCGCGCCCCGCGCCCGCUCCCCCCACGCACUACCAGGACGCUGUCAGUGAACCGGCGGUAGCUAAAAGGGAAGCGCCACCGCGUCCUCCCCCUCCGUCCGCCGGCCCCGCCGCGCCCCCCGCCGCCGCCGCCGCGCCCUCCGCUCUACCCUACCCGCAGCAACCACAAGGCAUGCCGCUCCCGUACGGCGCGCCCGCGGCGUACCCCAUGUACGCGCCCAUGCCGGCGCUGUACAACCCGUACGCCACGCUGCCCUACCCGCACCACGUGCGCGCGCCGCCCGCCGCGCCCUACCAGCCCUACCAGUACCCGCAGCACCCCGCCGGCUACCCGCAGCCGCCGCCCGCCGGCUACAACCCCUACCAGCAGCACUAGACGCGCUACGUCAGCUAAACAUUGGCUCCAACGUUGGUAUACUCCGCUCGCGAUUUAUACCAACGUCAGCUAAACAUUGGCACCAAUGUUGGUAUACUCCGCUCGCGAUUUAUACCAACGUCAGCUAAACAUUGGCUCCAACGUCGGUAUACUCCGCUCGCGAUUUAUACCAACGUCAGCUAAACAUCGGCUCCAACGUUGGUACACUCCGCGACACCCCGCUCGCGAUUUGUACCAACGUCAGCUAAACAUUGGCUCCAACGCUGGCCCAAAUGUUGAUAUACUCCGCCACACCCCGCUCGGAUAUGCUUUUAAAGUGGAUUCGGUGUUUGGGGCGAUUUAUACCAACGUCAGCUAAACAUUGGCUCCAACGCUAGCCCCAACGUUGGUAUACUCCACGCACGAACUUCUUGUCAUGCUGAACUGGACCUGUUGCCAUGGCCGCUUCGAAAACUAAGAAAAUGUAUGGGAAAGACGAUUGAUAACUUGAUCACGUGACCUGUCGAUAGCAAAUAUCAUUUUAUUUUUUUUAAUUUUCGAAGCAUUUGGGAGCCUACAGGCCCUGCGCAGAUAUAAUACAGUUCAGAGCGGACUAGAAGUUUGGCGUGAUUUAUACCAACACGGACAUCGGCUGAUCUGCUUGUAUUACACAUUGGCUCGAUACCUGGCUCAACAGUUAGUACAAACUCUGACGCUGGCUAAACUACAUGCUUCUUGUCAGUUGGACCUACAUUUUACUUGAUAGAAUCAAAUGUAAUUAUCACUAUUUAACAAUUAAUUUGAAAUUUAAUUAUGCGAAUUUCCGCUUUGAUUUUAAUAAUAAAACUAUCACUAAUAAUAGCCACAUAGCCAGAUUACUAAUUUCAUUUUUAUUAACUUCUCUUUUAUUUCGCACUAUGCAGGCUCUUGGCCUAUUAGCUAUUUUACCUUUCGAGCAUGUUUUGGUGGACGGCUUGUCUGGGCACCAAUGUGUAAAACUAAGCAGAGCGUAAUAUAUCACAAAAUAUUUUUUUUAUUUCAUAGACAUGCAUGCAAUGUAUAUAAUCUAGAUGCAUCUUGAUGUAUACAAUAAAUUUCGCAAAUUCGGAGUAGCUGGAUGGAAGUGCUCCCCUUAUGUUAGAGUAAGUAAAAGUACUAAAAACCAAAAUAAAUAUAAAAAAAAUCAUUACUUACAUUAGAAAUUCGUUUCAGGAUUUUUUUUUUCUGUAAAAAAUUUACUAUACUAUAGAAAACAGAAAACACCAGAAACCACGUUCAGCCGUCAUUACAAAGCACGCAUUGUGUCCAAAAUUUGCACGUCAAAGUGGCAUACUAAUCAUUUGUUCUUGAAAUUACACCAAAAAAAGAGUAAUUUCAACGGCUUCAUUCCUACGCGCGAUCAUGCCUUCUGGAGUUUUCUAUAUUCUGAGGGUAUAGCUAAGAUAUCCAACUCUCUGUUAUGUUUAGAUAUUUGUGUUAUCCAUCUACUACCGAAUCUGUGGAAACUAGUGCUAUUCUCUUCUGGGGUUGUAAAGUAUCAGGGUGAUAGUGCUACAGGCUACGAAUAGGUUUAUUUAUAAAUUGUCAAAUUACGUUUAUUGUAAUCAAUUAUUAUUUUUAUUGAAAUGAAUUAAUUAUAGUGCGAUUAAAAAGUGAGCGAUAAUUAAUCUGUUCUGAUAAGUACUUUUUUAUUUAUUAAUAAUUAAUUUUUAUUAUAUUGAUUACUUACUUUAUAACAAAAUUUCAAUUUUUUUAAUAAUCAUAAUAUAAAGUUGCUCAAAAUGAGUAGAUUCAUGAAAAAAAUUGAAAUUUCAAUUAUUUUGGGAUGGUGUUGCUAGGUUUAAAAAAGGCAUGUUGUUAAUAUUCGGAGUAUACUGAUUGUUAAAGCAUUUUCUAGACUCAGUGUGAUGUUAUUACUAAAAUUAACUAUGUAAUAUUGAAUCUGUGAGACAGGCGAGAAUUUGAAUCCCUAAUUAUAGGGACAAUCAAUACUUAAGUAGUUUUAUUAUUAAGUACUUCCUUAAUAAAUUGGUUAAAUGAAUUCCUCCUAAUAAUUAUUCAUUAUUCUUAUUAAGACUAAAAUAUUAUUAAUUAUAGUCUUGGAGGAUUCUAAAGUCUUGUUUUAGUGGUGAUAAAUUGUAUAUGGAUCUUAAAUUACAAUUGUAAUUUAUUAGUAGCUGUAAUAACAUUACACUGAUUAAGCUUAUAAAAAGGAAAUAUAAUGAAAAAGAACUAUGUUAUUGUAACUAACACAUUAUAAAUUUUAAUAGACUUAUAACACACUAAUAUAAUGUAUUCUAAAUUUAUCUUAUCUUUUCUGAAAAUAUACCUUUUUUAUAAUGCAUUCAAAAAUCGCGUUCAAAAUCUUUUCGAUUUUCCUACACGUUGGACUAUUAUAAUAAUUGCAAGAACUACUAAACAAUUUAGUUUUAAAUGAAACGAUGUUUAAUUUAUUUUAUAUCUUUAUAUCAACACUUUACAGCAUAAUAAUUAUUUUUUUACAGGUACCUUUAAAUAAUAUCAAGUUGUAUAAAUUCAUACAGGAUACAUAACACAUUUCUUUUAACUAAAAUAUAAUUGUACUGACACAGAAAUGAACAAAUUUUAGCUUUUAAUUAAUAAUAAUAAACUAAUUUUAGUCCAACCAGUAGAGCCAUAGACUGAUAAGAUAUAAAUCACAACACCUUAGUGCUAUUAAGUGCUUCUUAUGGAAUACCUUUAAUAUUAUGUUCUUUUACAAAAACUGUUUCUUCGCUUUUAGUAUUUAAUAAAUUGAUUAAUCUCCAAAGUAUCUUUGUUUGAAUAUUAUGUUAUUUUUUAAUAAUGUAGUAAUAUGUAGAUAAAUAUAUUUUUUAAAUAAUGAA